GACACGGUGGGAUCUGAGAUCUGAGGGCCUGGAUCCUUGUACGCAUCCGCAUGCAAUGAAGACAAGCCCAGCGGGGAAGCUGGCCAUGGGUAGAGGGCAUCCAAAACGCUUCUGCGCCGCCCUCUCAAGUUUACUCAUGUAGGAAGAUUGCCGUUGCAAACUCUCGUCGGGUUCCUUCUCGCCCAUCAAGGCAGGGAACUUGAUAAGGGGAGGGAACUAUCUGCUUACUCACUUUGAUGUGAAGUAGACUGCCCUGCAUACCGGUUUGUACUUUAUCCCUCCCAUUGCUCUUCCCCGCACCUUGCUCACGCGGAUGCCCACAUAUUCACUCACAUGGAUGCCCGCAUUUUUGCUCAUGCAUGAUGCGGAUGCCUGCACCUUUGCUCACGCAGAUGUCCGCAAUCCUUCUCAUGCGGAUGCCUGCACUUUUGCUUACGCAGAUGCCCGCAAUCUUGCUCACGCGAAUGCCUGCAACAUCGCUCAUGCGGAUGCCCGCUACAUCGCUCACGCGGACGCCCUCAAGCUGCUAUCUCUUCUUUCCAACAGCGCUUUCCUCACCUCGAAGCGUCGCUCUGGGGCUCCUAAGAUUUGGGAUCCGAGGUUCACUUCGCUGCGUCACUCUCACUCCUAACACUUGGGAAUCGCAGCUCACCUCGGCUCUCUCUCACACAGGUUGGGGCCGCCAUCGGGGCUGGGUUGCCCCUUCGGGGCUUCCACCCAAAAAACUAUCUGCUUCAAUAAAGCAACCAUUUCCUUUCAUUCUCCUUACCGCUACUAAGACCGCUCCACGACAGCAAACGCAAAGUCAACAUCGGUGUCCCACUUUUUUCUUCAAAGCUUCCAAAAUGUAUCUCGUUGUAUCCAAUCGAGCAGUCAGUGCUUCCCAGCGCUUGAAUCUGACUAUCUAUCCUGCAUAAUAUUUGUUUUUGUGUCGAACAGGUACUACUCCAGCACAUCACGAUGUCACUCCUUCGAAUGCAUGCACGCAGCUUAUCACAAUAUUACCAUUCAUUCAAUACCUGUCUGC